UUGUACGGACUGAAGGUCCCACAAAUCCAGGAAUUCCAGACUGUGCUUGCAAAAUCUCUGAUAGACUACCAGAACGACCAUUCCUUGAUUCCCCCGAGAAUAGUUACCACCACUCCAUAUGCAACGCAUCUGUUUAUGGCUUCGACCGGCGAGACUGUUGGAAUGAAAGCUUUAACAGGUUCCAAACAGGGGUUUACGGGGGUGACCACGAUAUUGGACAAGGAAGUCGGUUUCCCCACUGGUAUUCUUAAUGCUGCUACUUUGACUGCUUUUAGAACUGCGCUUUGCACCAGUCUUGCUUUGGUCAAAACUUUGCCUAUUGGAUCUGUUGGACCAUUUAAGGAAACACUUAUUUGCGUCGGAGUCGGUGCUCAAGGAAAAUGGCACACGAGAUUGGCUUUGAUUCUGUACCCUCAACGCUUUGAUAACGUGGUUUUCAUCAACAGAUCUGUUGAUAAAGCUGAGGCAAUUGCUAGCGAGUUCCAGUUGGAAUUUCCGUCGAUAAAAUUCCAGGCAGCAAAGACUGGCAGCAAGGACCUGAAAAGCUACUUUGAAAAGGCAUCAUGCAUAUUCACCUGUAUUCCAAGCACGGAACCUACCAUCCUCAAAGACUACGUGGUUAAUAACUCUGUCGAAAAAGUGUUUGUCGGAGCUAUUGGAUCCUACAAGCCACAGAUGAUCGAGAUCGAGGGAGAACUGCUCAAAGCUUCCCUAUCGUCAGAUACGAAAAUCCUUGUUGACUCGAUCGGCCAUUGUUUGGAAGAGGCCGGCGAAUUUAUCCAAAAUGAUAUUGGGGCAUCUUCCCUAAUUGAGAUAUCGGAGCUUUACAUGGAUUCCGAAAAGGGUCGGGAGCAACUGGCAAAAAUGGCCGCUUCAAAGGUCGUCAUUUCCAAGAUUGUUGGCCUGUGUAUCAUGGAUGUCUCGGUCGGUGCCCACGUGAUCGAAAAGGCCAAGGAACAGAACAUUGGUGUCGUUCUCGAUGAGUUCUAG